CAUGGCUCCCACUAUACAGACCCAGGCUCAGCGAGAGGACGGACACAGGUCCAGUUCUCAUCGUACAGUACCAGAGAGAUCAGGGGUUGUCUGUCGUGUAAAAUACUGCAACACUCUUCCUGAUAUUCCCUUUGACCCCAAGUUUAUAACCUACCCUUUUGACCAGAACAGAUUUGUACAGUAUAAAGCAACGUCGCUGGAGAAACAGCACAAGCAUGACCUUCUGACAGAGCCAGAUUUAGGGGUCACCAUUGACCUAAUUAACCCGGAUACAUAUCGUAUAGACCCCAAUGUAACUCUUGAUAUUGCUGAUGAGAAGCUUCUAGAAGAGGAAAUCCAGGCCCCUAGCAGCUCCAAAAGAUCUCAACAGCAUGCUAAGGUGGUACCAUGGAUGAGGAAGACAGAAUAUAUCUCCACCGAGUUUAACCGUUAUGGUGUUUCCAAUGAGAAACCAGAAGUAAAGAUUGGAGUUUCUGUCAAGCAGCAGUUCACAGAGGAAGAUAUAUAUAAAGACCGGGACAGCCAGAUUUCUGCCAUUGAGAAGACCUUUGAAGAUGCCCAGAAACCUAUUUCACAACAUUAUAGCAAACCUCGUGUUACACCAGUGGAGGUCAUGCCAGUCUUCCCAGAUUUCAAGAUGUGGAUCAAUCCCUGUGCUCAGGUUAUAUUUGACUCAGAUCCAGCACCUAAGGAUGCUUCAGGCUCUGCUGCUUUGGACAUGAUGUCUCAGGCCAUGAUUAGGGGCAUGAUGGAUGAGGAAGGCAACCAGUUUGUAGCAUACUUCCUACCAGGCGAGGAGACCAUGAGGAAACGAAAGAGAGAUCAAGAAGAGGGUCUGGAUUACAUGCCAGAAGAUAUAUACGACUACAAGAUAGCAAGAGAAUAUAACUGGAAUGUAAAGAACAAGGCCAGCAAAGGAUACGAGGAGAAUUACUUCUUCAUCUUUCGGGAAGGGGAUGGGGUGUAUUAUAAUGAACUGGAAACCAGAGUACGACUCAGUAAGAGGAGAGUUAAGGCUGGUGUACAGUCAGGUACAAAUGCUGUGCUUGUAGUGAAACACAGAGACAUGCAUGAGAAGGAACUGGAAGCUCAGGAAGCACGAAGGGCUCAACUUGAGAAUCAUGAGCCAGAAGAGGAGGAAGAAAUUGAGGUGGACCAGGAAACACAGGGAUCAGAUGCAGAAGACGGAGAAAAGGGCAGUGGAAGUGAGAAGGAAGGGAGCGGUGCAGAGCAAUCUGGUAGUGAGAGUGAACGAGAGGAGGCUGAGGAAGAGGAGAAAGAAGAUGAAGAGGAGAAAGAGAGUAGUGAAGAGGACCGUGCCGCUAGAGACAAGGAGGAGAUCUUUGGUAGUGACGAUGAUGAUAGUGAUGAAGAUGGACCUAAUGAGAGUGGACAGGAUGGAGAGGAUAGUGGCAGUGAUGACGAGGAAGAGAAAGGCCAGGGACGCAGAAGCCGUAGUGCAAGCAGUAGCCCGUUUGGCAGCGACCAUUCACAACAGGAAAAUGAGGACCAAAGUGCUAGUGAUCAGGGCUCUGGGUCCAGUACGGGAAGUGACAGUGACUGAAUCUGGCUAAACAUGCUUUUCCCCCCCCCCCCAACUUCUUGUAAAUACAUCUGUGUAUAUUGCUUUCUUAGUCCAAUAAAGGAUAUUCCUGAA